AUGUCUACACCAGUAGACACAACCCUAAACCCUCCUCGACACCCCGUCGAUUCAAGCUGCGAUCCGGUGAGGCCUUUGAACCCUCCGUUGAUUGCGCUGCCACCCUUCCUGGAUGAGCAUAUUACUGCCUCCUUUCGGAAGAAGGUGGCCCUUAAUGGAAAAAUCAAAGCCAAAAGGGUCGCCAUCCAAAAGUUGAAGGAGCAUGAUGCCAAUGGCACUUGCCCCAAAUUGCUUCAGAUUUCACAUACGAUGACUUUCUCAGAUAGUCUUCGUGAAUCUGAUUCUGAAUUUGUACAAAUUCAAAGCGAACAUUUUGAGGAGAUUAAAUGUCGCUACCUCAAGCAGGCAACUGCUAUUGCUCUUAAAGUGCAACAUAAGGAACUCAAAACUCUUAACAUCAAAUUUGGGAAUUUGGAUACGGAAUUUUUCAAUAAAACUUGUGAAUUUUUCGAUAGCCAGCAAACAGCCGCUUAUCCUACCGUUCCUCUUACAAAGGCGCUUGUCGUUGGAAUGGAGGUAGGAUUUUGUGGCCGUUAUUCGGGUGAAUUUCACUUUCCCUAUUUGAUCGAAUUGGCCAAACGUAAAUAUUGUGCCAAAUGGUCAGAAUAUCUGGACGGUCUUAAUGAGCGCCUCGCUUUAAUGACAAUCAAAGCCAAAGCCCUUGAGACUAAACGAGUCGCCGCCGAAGACACCGAAAUGGGUCUUCCGGAUGAGGCCAAGAUUAAAGAUCUUGUAUCUCAGGUGGCUGACGCAAAGUUCAAGAAACUGGAGUCUAUGAUUCGAAGCAUGUCUAGCCCGAACCCCGAGUCGCGUCAAAAAAAACAGUCCCGCCGGGAAGAAGACCCAGUCACCUGGCCAGAAACCCAAACCCAAGCAACGCCUCCAAAACGCAAAAGGCGGUUACACUGGGCAAAACAAGCGAAAGCUCGCCGGUCACUCUUCCGGAAACAAAAACGCAAAGCCAAGAACCAAGCACUAAAAGCAGCUUCUUUAGCAGUUAAAAUCUAA